CUCAGAACUCUUCAGCAUCCAUCCAGUCAACUGAAGUUUGGAGCUGCCGCCGGCUGGUGUUCAUUGUGCUGCUGGUGCGCACACGGAAGAAAACACGGAGGAGGAAAAAUAGUUUCUCGGUCUGGACUGAUGUUUCAAACGACUGCUGGGUCAUAAGGACGGGCAAGAUGUUGCAGAGGUAGAACAUAUUCAACAGUUGGCGUUUACCUUUUGCAUCAGGACAAGUAGAGUACCACUCUUCCUCCUCCCUGUUAAAUGAGCGAUGAAGAAGAUGAUGAUCCAGGCCUCCUGUAGGAAAGGUCUGCAUGUGUGUUUACUCCUGAUGAUGGUGGGAAGACUACAGGAUGUUUCAGGCAGGGUAACAGCACCCGAGCGUCUGGAAGCUCCAGUGGAGAAGCCCUUCACUCUGAUGUGCAGUGUUUCUAGGGAACGAGGGGAGUCUCUGAGGCAGGUGCGUUGGUUGGAUGCCCAGAACCAGACCCUGCUGAGCUACCAACCUGGCAACAGAGACAGUGUGAGUGGACAGCAGUAUGUGGAGCUCGCCCCUUCCCCGAAAGACACCUCGGCUAUUACCAUCCGCAGGGUGGGCUUCCGUGAUGAAGGCUGCUACACCUGCAUCUUUGACAUGCAUCCUUCCGGUUCAAAGCAGGGACAGACUUGCCUCACUGUUACAUCACAAGUCACCGUUGAAAGCAACAAGACAGCAGUGAGUGGCAAGAAGGCCUCCUUCAUGUGCUCCUACGGUUUGCCUGAAAAGGUGCAGCAGAUCAUAUGGAGACACAAUUCUGCACAAGGAGAAUCCACAGAGGUGGCCUCCUUUGCAAAGCGGAGCGACCCCAUGAUAGAGCCUCCAUUCCAGGGGAGAGUCUGGCUGAGUGCCUCCCUGUCCCAAAGUGAGCUCACCAUCCAACCUGUCACCAUCCAGGAUGAGGGCUGCUACACGUGUCUGUACAACACACAUCCUGACGGACCGAAGACCUCCACGGUUUGCCUCGCCAUCUAUGUCCUGCCAAAACCUCAGGUGAGCUACAAGACCACCUCGCCAGGUGUAAUCGAAGCCAAUUGCACCUCAGUGUCACGCCCCCCGACAGAGAUAGUUUGGAACGUGGAGAGGGAUAACAGAACCAUGGGCCCCCCUGUGACGACACAGCUUCCACAGAGCGAUGGGACCACUCUGGUCAUCAGUACACUGACCGUCCAAUCUGGGUUGCUGAAAGACGUGUCCAUCAAAUGCUUGGUCCACCAUAAAGGGCUUGAGUCACCGAUUGCUGUAUCCAUGAACACUAAAAUUGGGACGGCUCUCACCAUCCUGAUCUCAGUCACUACAGUAGCUGCCCUGUUGGUCAUGUCCCUCUGCUUCUGCCUUUGGAAGUGUUUCUUGCGCAAAGAAGCUGAUUAAUCUCUCAGAUGAGACCAGAGGCUAAAAAGAAGAGGCAGUGCUUCUCAGAGCCAUCCUUGCAGAAUUGUUUCACUGUGUCAUCAUCAUCCUCAUCAUCAUCUUGGUAAGAAGGGGUGAUGUUCUGACACACCUCUAUACAGUAGGAUGUCAAAUACAAUCCUAUUGAGGGACGCCAACAGUACCACGACAUUCAUCUCUGCUCUUCUUCCUCAGCAUCUGACUUUUAUAUAAUCUCCAAGCUGUCUUCACAUGGAAUCAGUGAGGAAAUGUUGAGCGGUCCAUGUUUUUCUUUCUGGCUCUGUAAUUGAUUGAGGUGAUGGACACACUUUUUUGCAACACACAGCAGAGUCACUGUAUGACAAAUUAAAGUACAGUGGUUUUGUUGUUACAACAUAUUGCAUGUCCUCAAAAUACUUUCCUGUUUGUCUUUAACCUGGUCCUUAAAGGAUAAGUCUGGUGAUAUCAUAUGGUUAUUAUUCAACAAAUCCCAUGAAAAGACUAAAACCAACAAUGAAAGUCUAAUAUAGCAUACCCCUGCAGUGUUGUCUAAAAACUAUUAAAAGCACAUUAACGAGCCCCAUGCACCGGUCACCUGAACAUGGGCACUGUAGUUUAUUUUGUAUAAAUCCGCAGCUAUAAAUCGUCCCCAACAAAUGCACUGUUAACUACUCACGGUUUAAGUAACAUUUGCUAAAAACUGCAGUGCCCAGUUAUUGCCCAAUUAUUUGGCCUUUUUAUGUAUUCAUGCCCUGUUUUUUUAAGGAUUCACAUUCUAUUGUUUCCCAACCAAACUAACCAGAAGAACUAACUCUGUGAUAUAUUUGGUAUUUACAUGGGAUUGUAAAAAAAAAAGGAAAAUACAGAAUAUGGCCAGCCUUAUCCUUUAAAUAACAUAGCUAAUUGAAACUAUGAGCUCACCAUUACAGUAAGUUGUUACUUCUUGUACCUCAGCCGAAGCCCUCCAUUACUUCUUUUUAUUGUUAAAGCUGGGUAGGGUCUUCAUUUGUUCAACUAGGGCUACAUACUUAUGUCUUGUUUGUGUAAUAUCUAUUGCAAACCUUUUUUUGUUUUCUGUGUGUGUGUGUGUGUGUGUGUGUGUGUGUGUGUGUUUGUGUAUGCGUGCGUGCGUGCGUGCGUGCAUAUUUGUUAGAGGUUAAAUUCCUUGGUCAGAUAGCUUGAAUCAAUUCCCUGAGGAAGCAACACUGAAACCUUCUUGGUGCCCCUGAAAGGAAUGCGUGUAUUGCUGCCCGUCUACAUCGUAGAGUCCGGAGAGUACAUGUAUGUGAAGAUGGGAGUGUACAGGUUGGGCUGUGGAGAGUUGGCUUAGGGGUUUGAUAGUGGUUAAAAGACCAGAAGAGCCACACUGUGUUCUUGAAAAACAACUAAAACCGCGUCUGCUCAUUUGUAUAUCGCUCUGGAUCAAAGUGGCACAUACGUAAAUGCCUAAAAUAUAAUGUUUGGAGGCUUUUUGGAUAUCAUGUUUGCAUGUGUACAGGCACAUUUAAAAACGUAAGCUUUAUGCUGAAAUAGUCUUGUGUAUCAAAGCAUAUGAUAUGAUACGGCUUCCAUUGGGCACAUCACAUUCCUCACUAGUAAGAGUUUAGGCAGCAUUCCUCUGUCUGUAUAGUUUCACAAUAUCCAUAUGACGUUAAAUAUGAGCUCAGAGCUUGCAUUAGAAUAAUUCUGAAAUGUGGUUUCAGAACAUUUGCUAAAAAUAAAUUAAAAUGUACCAUAGUAUCCAUUCCUUUACAGAGUCACUA